CUUUUCAUUUCUCCCUUGCUUGCAGCUGGCGCCUCCCAACAAUUCACUAUCCAAACAAACAUCAAUGGCUUGUAGAGUCCAAUACUCGAUACAGAACGGCCUCCGCCUCUUCUCGUCAUCAUCCCCCAACUUCCACACUUCUGUAAAAUGCCAAAGAACAGGUUUAAGAAAUUCAAAGUUUUUUCUUUCUAAAGGAAGCCUCAACUGCACUUGCAGGGCUUCAUAUGCUACGAAUGCCGCGGACCCUUUUGUGCUGACCACUCCGCUUUACUACGUCAAUGCCCCACCGCAUAUGGGCAGCGCCUACACCACCAUUGCAGCUGAUGCCAUAGCCCGUUUUCAGAGGCUUCUGGGGAAAGAGGUUAUAUUUAUAACAGGGACAGACGAGCAUGGGGAGAAGAUUGCUAGUGCUGCAGCUGCCAAUGGUUCCAGUCCUAGUGAACAUUGUGAUAUCAUUUCUGAAGGUUACAGGGCUCUCUGGAAAGAGUUAGACAUAUCGUAUGACAAGUUCAUUCGCACGACUGAUCCCAAUCAUGAAGCCAUUGUCAAGGAAUUUUACUCUAAGGUUCUUGCCAAAGGUGAUAUUUACCGUGCUGACUAUGAGGGACUAUAUUGUGUGAAUUGUGAGGAAUAUAAGGAUGAGAAGGAAUUGUUGGACAACAAUUGUUGCCCAGUGCACCUGAAGCCAUGUCUGCUCAGGAAGGAAGACAAUUAUUUCUUUGCGCUAUCAAAGUAUCAAAAGCAAUUAGAAGAGAUUUUGAUAGAGAAUCCGGAUUUCGUGCAUCCUUCUUUUCGCUUGAAUGAGGUGCAAGGCUGGGUCAAAAGUGGCCUGAGAGAUUUCUCCAUUUCUCGAGCAUCAGUGAGCUGGGGCAUUCCAGUGCCUAAUGAUACUAAGCAAACUAUAUACGUAUGGUUUGAUGCUUUAUUGGGUUACAUAUCUGCUCUCUUGGAGGAUAACAAACAGCCCAGCUUACAGACUGCCAUUUCCUCUGGUUGGCCUGCAUCACUGCACUUGAUUGGGAAGGACAUAUUACGGUUUCAUGCAGUUUAUUGGCCAGCAAUGUUGAUGUCAGCUGGGAUAAGCCUUCCAAAGAAGGUCUUUGGUCAUGGAUUCUUGACAAAGGAUGGCAUGAAAAUGGGGAAGUCGCUGGGAAAUACCCUUGAACCUACUGAACUGGUCCACAGAUUUGGACCUGAUGCAGUCAGGUAUUUCUUCCUUAAGGAGGUGGAGUUUGGUGGUGAUGGGGACUACUCAGAGGACCGCUUCAUCAAUAUUAUUAAUGCAAAUCUUGCUAAUACUAUUGGUAAUCUUCUUAAUCGUACUCUUGGACUUUUGAGAAAGAAUUGCCAAUCAACUAUUAUGGUUGAUUCAGCAAUUGCAGCAGAAGGAAAUGCAUUCAAGGAUAUUGUUGGGAACCUGGUUGACAAAGCCAGGCAGCACUAUGAGAACCUUGAACUGUCAUCAGCUUGUGAGGCUGUGCUAGAGAUUGGUAAUGCAGGGAAUGUAUAUAUUGAUGAAAAAGCACCAUGGUCUCUUUUUAAGCAAGGGGAGUCUGGUUUUGAAACUGCAUCAAAGGACUUAGUGAUUGUGUUGGAAGCAAUAAGAAUUGUAGCAAUUGCCUUAUCUCCAAUCACGCCAAGUUUAUCUUUGAGAAUAUACACCCAGCUCGGCUACUCCGAGGACCAGUUCAAUGCUGUCUCCUGGAGUGAAACCAGGUGGGGUGGGCUAAAGCCCGGGCACAUCACUGCUCAGCCAAAACCUGUUUUCGCUAGAAUUGAGCUUGAAACUGACUUAAACAAUGCCACUUCAGAAACUAAGAAAGCCAGUAAGAAAAAGGAGAGGCAGAAGACGGAGAAGGUAGUCGAAGCCUAAGAAUUCUGUUGUCCUCAGGAUAGGCUUAAAAAAUCUAACACACUUCUUGUAAAAAGUUAAACUGUGAAUGUGUUACAUGGUUCAAUCUUUAUAUGCUUCUUGAGCAACGUUCAAUUCAUCUGAUGUUGAGCAAAUUUUGUUAUAACUACAUUACUGUCCAAGCUUUGGAGAAAGCUAAAACUGUAAGGAAUAAGAAAUGACGUGUUGAUGAUA